AUUGUAAAUGCAGUGCAAGAAGCACGUUUGCGAGAUGCGUUUCAUCGUUGAAGUUGAAGAAGAUUAGUUGAGAGAUAGAGAGAGAGAGAGAGGGGUCGAAAGCUAGGACUGUGUUUGGAUCUCAGUGGACUAGACUGUUUGGUAGUAAAGUAUAACCGUCGACAUUCAUUCCGUCCCUCUACUUUCACUAAUAGAGAAUCUAUCUCACACCACUUCUCAAAUUCAAUGAGGUGGAACUUUCAACCGAUGAUCAUGGAGGAGCUUGCACCUCUCUUCUCCAAUUUGACGUGGUGGGACCAAAUCAACAACUCCACUACUUGCCAAACCGCUUUCUUUUACUUCCUCUCUGCAGCUUAUGCUCUCGUUUCCUCCGUUGCUCUCUUUCAAUUAGUCAGAAUUGAGCUCAGAGUACCUGAGUUUGGCUGGACUACGCAGAAAAUUUUUCAUCUCAUGAAUUUCAUUGUCAACGGAGUGCGUGCUCUGGUUUUUGGAUUGCACAAGCUAGUUUUUCUUUUGCAUCCUAAGGUUUUCAUUUUGGUGCUACUAGAUUUGCCGGGACUACUCUUUUUCUCAACAUAUACUCUUUUAGUCCUUUUUUGGGCAGAGAUUUAUCAUCAGGCAAGGAGUUUACCAACCGAUAAGCUAAAGAUAAUUUAUAUUUCAAUAAAUGCUGCCUUGUAUAUUAUCCAGAUUUGUAUUUGGAUAUACCUCUGGAUCGAUGACAACAGUGUUGUGGAGUUAUUUGGAAAGAUAUUUAUUGCAGGUGUGUCAUUUGUGGCUGCACUGGGCUUCUUGCUCUACGGAGGAAGAUUAUUUUGCAUGCUGAGGCAUUUCCCAAUUGAAUCUAAAGGGAGAAGGAAGAAACUUCAUGAGGUCGGAUCUGUUACAGCCAUCUGUUUCACCUGUUUUUUAAUACGAUGCGUUAUGGGUUUUUUGUCGGCGUUUGAUUCAGAUGCGUCUCUUGAUGUUUUGGAUCAUCCUAUUUUGGACUUGGUCUACUACAUGCUGGUCGAAAUCCUGCCUUCAGCUUUAGUCCUCUACAUUCUGCGCAAAUUGCCCCCAAAGAGGAUAUCAGCACAAUAUCACGCUAUUCACUAGCUGCAUUGCAUUGUUAAUUUGCUGAUUGGUUAUGGUUUUAAUGGUUCUUGGUUAUAUACUUUGAAGUUCAACUGGAGAAACAGAUUAAGAAAAAGGAUCUCAAUAUAGUCUUUUGGCAGCAGUUCUUACACGAGUGAUACUCAGCAGUUCCUGCCUGGGAAAGGAUAAUUUGGAUUCACGUUUUGUAGGGUGUAUACUGCGUGGCAUGACAAGUCACAAGAGUUAGUGACUUUUCUGCAGUCAUUUUUCCAUUAACCCUUGUUUCAAGGGUGGGGAUGAUAUUAUCAGGGAAAUACAAUUUUUCAUAUAGGCAGAAUGUUAGGUUCAGGCACAAGCUUGAAGUGAUGUUUUUAGUUAGUAUUUUGGCUUUGACCCAUUGAUUUCACAACAUUAACUUGAAAUAAUAUAAGUAAAAGGUUUAGUGUUCUGGACAACAAAUCAGUGCAUGAUGAGGUUUUGAGUAUUA